GCAGUUCUUGAACUGGAAUUGUAAUAUAAGGAGCGUGUAUGGGGAAGGAUUAAAUUAAACAGGAGGGAAUUGUGAAAAGGUAAUAAAUAGUAGUACCCAGAGUAACAUUCCUCACAACAAAGAUGAUUGUGAAGAGUCCGUGGAUACUGUGGGGAAACAUUUUACUGCUUCUUCUGCUAUGUUCGGGUAUGUAGACACAGUGAAAUAAUGUUGUUUUGCAACCUAAGACUAAUAUUCAAACCUUACUGUACAGGAAUCAGCUCCAGAAAGACUAAAAAUCAGAGUGCAUCUAGAAUUAAUCUAGACGUACACAUACUCAGAAAGCGGCAGUGUUACCGGCGACCGCGGUCUAAUUUAUGUUUUACAAAACUUUGUUCUUCUCUGUUUCUUUGAAACAAAUAUGUUUAAAUUCGGGAACCAUUCAGCACCAUAUUCCUUGAGACGAUUCAUCAGUCUCUUUAGCCUAUCUUACCACUUUUUAGGCAAACGCAGGCAACUUUUUUAUACCGUCGAUGUCAUCUGAUUCUGCUAAAUUAUAUCUUUGCCAAACGGUUUACAACAAUACGACCGUGAAUAACUGUUAAGUUAAUUUCUAUGUGCUUAGCUAUAGUUCGAAGGAGCUCGAAGGAGCUCGGAGCAGCUCGAAGGAGUUGUAUCUUGCUUUAUGUGUGAACGACUGAGUUUACUUCUUCUUUAUUUUAAGUAUUCGGAAGGAAUUCAUUCCUUUUAGUCUGUAAGUUCGAAUAGAAAAUCGCCCUCUUAUUGUUUGGAAAUUAUACUCACAAAGGCAAUAUAUGAAUGAAUUGGCAUUGUUACAUGACUUAGAUGGGGUCUUUCAGGCUUUAUUCUCACUUCUGCGCAUGCUUGAGCAAAGUUCAGUACCGCAAUAAUCACCCUCAUGUAUCUUCACGACUUGGAGUGAAACUGUUUUCUGCCUCGGAGAGUUAGAACGCAUCAAUAAAAAAAAUAUUAUUGUCUUGAAUGACUCCGUGUUUACUUAUGCACAGGUGUAUUGUCAAGAGCGUUGGAGAAAAGAGCUUCAGGUAAGAAAAGCCUUCGGCGAUAUAAAUACUGUAAAUGUUCUGUACUUUGCCAAAAAGGCCGAACAGUCGAACAGUCGAACUGGCUCUGGUGCAAUGUAUCAUCGGGGCCAAAAUUAGACCUCAGAAGCAUCAGAGGAGAAGUGAAAAAAAAAAGAAUUGGAGACCCGUUAAAAGGAAAUUCGUCACGGUUUGUCUAUCUUGAAGACUUCGACCUUAAUUUUUUCAUGUUUAGUAAUUUACAUUGUCGUGUCCCUCUUUAGUGUUUCUCUUCUUUGAGGUGCAUAAUUAUUUACUGAAGAUUUAUUGCUGGGAUAAUAAAAGUUCUUCAAAAUUACGUGACGUAUCUCUUUACAUGUGUGGACAUAUGAUUAAAACCGCAUUAUUUGCCGUCAUCGAAGAUAAAGGCGGCCUCAUUGUUAAUCUCAAACACAAUCAUUGACUUUCAAAGAAUUUCUUUACAUCGCCUUCCGGUGGCAAAGUCCUCUUCGUCAAAGUCGGGAAAAUGUAUCUUAUUUAGCUAUUCCUUACAUUCCGCCGUUAAAAAAAAAAACAUCACUAAACUCACCCGGAUGUCUUAUUUUACACCUUGGUCUAACUUCUGGCGGAAGAAUUCUCUUAUUCGCUCUGCCUUAUUUCUUUUCCAGAUUUUUGUCAAAGCCAUGCAGCUGGGGUGCACGCUGAUCCUAAUAACUGCUUUGGUUUCAUAAUGUGUGACAUGGCUGGUACCACACAUGAAAUGUCAUGUCCUGCGGGACUUAAGUUCAAUCCUGCUAUACUUGUCUGUGAUUGGCCGAACAAUGUCGAGUGCGAGGAUGCUGGAAGUGGAGAGCCUGCAGGCUAGAGAAACCGAGUAGGAUCCGGUCCCCCUCAUCAUUGACCAAUGAAGACGUAAUAUUUCAAUACUUAGAUUACGUGUAAUAGAAACAUUAUAUUCCCAAAUAAAACAUUGUGACAAUAUGAUUUC